UGUGUGUAUGUGUGAAAUGAAACAGAAUCUCUGUGUAAUAGCAGAGUGUGAUAGGCUUUCAAACAUGCAGCAUCUCUGUGUUCUACUCGGGGGCCUUUUUAUUUCCUGUGUAUGUGGUUCCGUUUCCUCUUUUUCCGUCAGUCAGUCUCCGUCUACAGUUAUACUGAGUGAAGGAGGACAACUUCAGAUCAUCUGCAGCUACAAUGUCAGCAACGAUCAUGGAGUAAAAGUGAAAUGGAUUAAAAACAAUCAGAAACUUGAAUUGAACCGAACUGACAAAUUCACAGAAACCUGCAUCAACAAAUCCUGUACAACAUUAGUCAUAAAAAACACUGAAAUAAAUGAUGAAGGCUUUUAUAUUUGUCAAGUUACACAAGACGUUCCUCGCUUGGUGAAUGUAAAUGGAACAGAGACAAAAGUUACAUUCAAGAACAAGAGUGCAGAAGAGCUUAUUACACAGACAGACAGACCAGUUUUUAUCACCUCACCCCAUGUACUGUACCCCAAUGCAGGAAAUGGACUCGUCAUUUUUGCAAUCCGGUGUGUGCCCUUUAUCACCUUACUGCUGGCCGUGUGCUUUCUUAACAGAGAUUACAAACAGAACAGACGGCUAAGAUCAGGAAGACGAAGGGCAGAAGAGCAAAACUUAGUCAUGGAGGAGGAGAAAGAAGAAACGGAGCAAGAACUAGAAGAGAGAGACAAACAAGUGGGACAAAGAGGUGAAGUGAGAGAGAGGGAUGAGCAGUCGGGACAAGAAGGAAAAGUAGAGCUGGUGAAUGAGUUAGCAGGAAAAGAAGGAGGGAUGGAAGAGAAGGACGAACACACAGGACAAGAAAAACGAGUGCAAGAGAGGGAAGAACAAUCGGGACAAGAAAGACAAGUGGAAGAGAGGGAUGAACAAAUGGGACAAGAAGGAAAAGAAGAGCUGGUGAAUGAGUUAGCAGGAAAAGAAGGAGGGAUGGAAGAGAAGGAAGAACACACAGGACAAGAAAGACGAGUGGAAGAGAGGGAAGAACAAUCGGGACAAGAAAGACAAGUGGAAGAGAGGGAUGAACAAAUGGGACAAGAAGGAAAAGAAGAGCUGGUGAAUGAGUUAGCAGGAAAAGAAGGAGGGAUGGAAGAGAAGGACGAACACACAGGACAAGAAAGACAAGUGGAAGAGAGGGAAGAACAAUCGGGACAAGAAAGACAAGUGGAAGAGAGGGAUGAACAAAUGGGACAAGAAGGAAAAGAAGAGCUGGUGAAUGAGUUAGCAGGAAAAGAAGGAGGGAUGGAAGAGGAGGACGAACACACAGGACAAGAAAGACAAGUGGAAGAGAGGGAUGAACAAUCGGGACAAGAAGGAAAAGUAGAGAUAGAGAUAGUGAAUGAAUUAACAGGAAAAGAAAGAGAAAUGGAAGAGAGGGAUGAACAAACAGGAAAACAAAGAAGAUUGGAAGAAAGGGAUAAAGAAUCAGGACAAGAAAAAAAAUUGGAAGAGACGGAUGAACAACCCAGACAAAGAAGUGAAGUGAGAGAGAUGGAAGAACAAUCGGGACAAGAAGGAAAAAGUGAAGGUGGUGAAUGAGUUAGCAGGAAAAGAAGGAGGGAUGAAAGAGAAGGACAAACACACAGGAUAAGAAGAAUGAGUUAGCAGGAAAAAAAAGAAAAUGAAGCGAGGGAUGAACAAUUGGAACAUUAAAUAGAAGUGCAAGAGAUGGGUGAAGAAUCAGAAAAAGAAAGAGAAGUGGAAAUAGUGAACUAAUAAAAGAUUAAUAAAAAUAAAAAACAUGAUACAAGAGAAAACUUAUCAGAAUAGAAUUUUACAUAGCUGUGUGUUUGUGUGUCUUUGUGCAUGUGUAUGUGUGUUUGUGUGUUUGUGCAUGUGUUUGUGCAUGUGUGUGUGUUUGUGCAUGUGUAUGUGUGUGUGUGUGUUUGUGCAUGUGUGUGUGUUUGUGCAUGUGUAUGUGUGUUUGUGUGUGUUUGUGUGUGUUUGUGCAUGUGUUUGUGUGUUUGUGCAUGUGUAUGUGUGUUUGUUUGUGCAUGUGUUUGUGUGUGUUUGUUUGUCUUUGUGCAUGUGUAUGUGUGUUUGUGUGUGUUUGUGCAUGUGUAUGUGUGUUUGUGUGUGUGUGUGUGUGUGUGUGUGUGUGUGUGUGUGUGUGUGUGUGUGUGUGUGUGUGUAUGUGUGUGUGUUUGUGUGUAUGUGUGUUUGUGUGUGUGUGUGUGUGUGUGUGUGUGUUUGUGUGUGUAUGUGUGUGUGUGUGUGUGUGUGUGUGUGUGUGUGUGUGUGUGUGUGUGUGUGUGUGUGUGUGUGUGUGUGUGUGAUGCAGUUCACCCAAUCCCGGUCUGUGCAGGGAGGAGACACAUCGUACGGACACCGACAUGGAAGAGGUCUUUCACAAAAGAGUGAACGUCAUGUCUACUCGUUGCUGGGUUGUUGGUUGGCGUGUCGUAAAAGUUGUUCUUGUGUAAAGGAAGUGAUCGAUUCUGCUGUGUAUUUAGGUGUUACUGAGGCGUUGCUAUUAAGACUGUUUGUGUACAAUAUUGUUCUACGUAUGGGGCUGGAAGAGGUAAGAAGAAGCGUCUAGAUACCCUAGGUAAGGGGCGGUGCCUCCCCAUGUAUUUUAGU